UUCAGUGUUGAAACAGUUUGGAAAGAUGAAGUUUCUACUGAGCAGCAUGCUUCUCGCUUCUCUCUGUGCACUUUCAUCUUGGAGCGUGUCAUUGGACACACUUGUUGUGAUCCAGAGUCCUGAUGUUUCCGUCAUGGAGGGGGAGACGGUAAACAUCACCUGCUGCUGGACUGAGAAGAUCGAAAGAGUGACGGUGCGCUGGCUGAAGAAUGGAACAAUAAUUCAGAGUAAAGUUUGGCAGAAUAAAUCUCAAGGAUCUCUGAAAAAGGACGCAAAUGACUGUUUACGUCUGAUUUUUCCAAAUAUCACAAGAAAUGAUUCAGGGAGAUACAUCUGCAGAGUGUUUGUGGACAUACCAAUUCAAGUGGACCGAAAUGGAACUGGUACAUUGGUCACAGUUACUGACUUAAAGAGCACAGAUUAUGAAGACAAUGGAGAUGGAGAUUCAGGUGCUGCCGGAAAGCUAGAAACCCCUGUGAUAGUUGCUGCUGCUGUCGUGGUUCCAUUGUUUCUCAUCGCCGUCGCCUGUUUCUGCAGCCUGCGAAGGAAACGAGCCCAAGCAGCCAGGGUGAUCUACGAGGUUCCCCACAUCGACUCUGAGGAGGCAGAGAUGGACAAACACAGCACCAGUUCUUCCAGAGGCUCCUCUCAGUGGUGUCAGGUACUUGUUUACGAAUCUGUGGAAUACUUUCAGCGUGCAGAGACCAAAGGAGAUGAAUGAGGAUCUGCCUUCAUCAUGCUUUCAUCAUGUAUAUAAUGUACAUUCAUCACUGACUUAUGUAGAUGUUUUUAUAUGAUUGUAAAUAUUUUAUAUUCUUCAAUAAACUAAAUCAUAUCCAUCAGUUUGCA